CUGAAAAGAACUCCAACAGAAUUAUGGAACCAUGGAGGUAUUUUUGGAAACUUAUCCUUUACAUUUUGCUGGUUUCAGAGCACACAGGAAGUCAAGUGACCUUCACCAGCCCCGAAGUACCCGGAGGCACACAGGACCUGACUGACUCUUCUCCCCUGGAAUCAGAGUCAAACACCUCCCUGGAACCUGAAGCAAGGCUUCCAAGUGGGUGGAUAUCACCCAUGGCUACCACGGAGCUGGUUUCUGAAGUGAGCACAUCUGCAGCUAUAAUGGCUGAUACCUAUGAAAUGCUCUCAGGUCAGCUCCACUCACUACCUCUCGAGAGCAGUACUCCCAAUGCAGAAAGUCCCAGCCAAGAUACCACCUUCUUCCAGGAUACCAGCACCCCAGCCGGCGAAAGCAGAUCAACAGACAACCUGAGCUUUGCUGAGGCCAGCAUUGCCCCUCCUGGGGCCACAUCCAUAGCUCCAAGCCCUCUGCCCACCCAGGGCUAUGCACGUUCCAUCCACAGCCGCAGCAUCCCCACAAGAAAACACUCAUCUGGCUUCAGACCUCCUGGCACUUCCAUGAUCAAAAAAGGAUCCACCAGUGCCUACUUUCUCGGUCCCCAAGACCCAACAGGGCAGAUGUCACACCCGGCUACCAUGAAAAUGGUUUCCGAAGUGAGCACAUCUGCAGCUAUAAUGGCUGAUACCUAUGAAAUGCUCUUAGGUCAGCUCCACUCCCUACCUCUUGAGAGCAGUACUCCCAAUGGAAAAAAUCCCAGCCCAGAAACCACCUUCUUCCAGGCUAUCAAUGCCCCAGAUGAUAUAAGCAGAACAACAGACAGCCUAAGCUUUGCUGAGGCCAGCAGUGCUCAACCUUGGUCUGCCUCCACAGCUCUGAGCCCACCACCCACCCAGGGCUAUGCACAUUCCAUCCCUGCAAGAAAACUCUCAGCUGGCUUCAGACCUCCUGGCACUUCCACGGUCAAAGAAGAACCCACCAGCAGUCCCCAAGGCAGCAUAGGGCAGAUGUCAAACAUGGCCACCACAGAGCUGGUAAGCACAUCUGCAACUAUGCUGGCUGAGGUCUAUGAAAUGCUCUCAAGUCACCUCCAUUCCCUGCCUCUUGAGAGCAGCACUCCCAAUGCAGAAAGUCCCAGCCAAGAAACCACCUUCUUCCAGGCUACCAGUGAAUAGGAGGAAUGUGGCACAGAAAAGAAGGCAACCUUGGUAUUCCUGGUUCUUAAGAACAUUUAUCCACCUUUCCACGAUAAUGUAACUGAUAUGUCUCUUUCUAUUAAGACAAGAAUUCUUUCUUGAGGACAGUUAACAGUAGAAGGACAGGGAAGUAACUUGAGGUGUGCUAAUUAUGAAUGUAUAUGCUUACAUCAUCUAUUACCUAUGCAUAUAAAUGAUUACAUCAUUUUCUUCUUUCUGAAAUGUUUAAAUGAGUGUAUCCUUUUGUUCCUAGGAAUCCAUGCCUUUAUUCCUCCAGUGUGUGCUA